AAGUACUUGUACAUCGGCUCUCGAUCGGAGGUUCUCCAGCUGCCCUUGGCCAACUGCAGCCGCUAUCAGUCCCAGCCAGACUGCCUGCUGGCCCGAGACCCCUACUGCGCCUGGGACAGCGAGGGCCGCGCCUGCGUCCGCAUCGACCUCCACCGCGGCUCCACCUCCUCCCUGUCUCAGGACCUCAUGCUGGAAAGGUUCAGCCGGGGGAAAGCCAAGUUUGAUAAGCCUGUCUCCAUCCCCAGCCCCGAGCACUCCCGCCUGAAGAACAUCACAGUGGUGGUGGGGUCGGACAUGGUGCUGCCGUGCCAGCUGGUCUCCAACCUGGCUCAGCCCUUCUGGGUCCUGAACGACCGGGAGCUCCAGCUCGGUGACCCUGAAGCAGGAGGGCCACACUUCGACCGCACUCUGAAGGCCCUCGUGGUCCCCGCGGCGGGACAGAUGCAGGCGGGACGCUACAUCUGCUACUCUGAGGAGCAGGGGGUGAAGUUUCAGACGGAGCGCUACCAGGUGGCCGUGGUGGCCAGCCCUCCUGUGUUCAUGGAGGCCCGCGCUCCAGACAGCAGCAUGGGGCUCUUCUGGGUGCUGGUCAUCACCCUCGGAGCGGCGUGCCUGCUGCUCCUCGUCGCAGCUCUGUACCUGCGCAGGAGGCUGAAGCUCGCUCUGGGGAAAGGAGCCGACAUGAAGCCCCUUGAGAGCACCUUGGUUUACCCCAUCACCCUCCCUAAAGAGCCGCCGACGUUUGUGCCCAGCAAGAUGCCCACUGACGAGGACCGCUUCUGGGAGACGGGCGCCAACUACUACUACUCGGACGGCUCGCUGAAGAUCGUUCCCGGCCACGCCCUAGGGCCCAGCAGCGUGAGCAGCACGGCGUCACCGAGCGCCAUCCCCGGCCAGCCCAUCCACUCCCCGAGCCGUCUCAGCCUCACCAACAUUAGAGGUUCGGGUAGCAAUGGCUACAUCCGCCUCAACCUGAGCACAGCAGGGGAGGAGAGGGCUAGCGGGGCUGGCGCUGGGGGCGGCGGGCUGGGGGGUCUGGGCCUGAGCGGGAAUGAUUACUCGAGCCCUUUCAAGGAGGAGCUUAGACGCACGCUGCAGCAAAGGAGCGUUCUGCCCGACGCCAACCCCGAGGAGUCCUCCGUCUAGACGUGUCCCUCCUCCGUUUCCCCGAGUUGGAAAAACAAAACAACCAACCUACCUCCCUCCUCCUGAGGACGCCUGCUCUCUCUCUCUUUCAGUGACACGCUGUCAUUCGCUCGGCCAAUGCCUGUUUGGCUCACUGUUGACAUUUAUAGCACACAGCAUGUUCAAAAUACACACUCAUACACUGUGUUCGCCAACAUGCACUCCUAUAAUUAGUGUGUUCCGGGCAGUCAUGGUUGUGGCUUUUUUCUGCUUCCACUGUGCCGUCGCCACCUGUGUAAAUUGUGUAUUUAAAAAAAAAAAGGCUGAACACAGAGGAGCACACCUCGAGCAUGGGAAAUCUAACAAAUGGCGUUACAUGUGCUCUGAAGGGCACGUUUCAUUGACGUUGAGUGGACCAAGAGGCUUUUAGCCCUCUGUGCUGAAACCCGCUUGAUGAAUGGCAAGUGCAACUGACUGGAAAAUAUUGAACUGAUUCUGUGUCCUUCUGGUCCUUUGAGACUUUCUUUCAGCUUACUGUGCUUAAAAACUGGAAGCGUGUCUUCCCUUUUUGUAUUAGUGAGCCAAGAGUGUGAGAGCGGUAUAAAAAAGACUAAUUAAUCUCGAAGCAAGACGACAAUCACGUCCCCAUAGCAGGCGCUCUGCGAGGGACAGAGAGGUGAGAGAGCCAGGGACAAAGAGAGAGGAAAUUAAAUGGAAAAUGAAGUGAAUUGGAGAGAAAGACACAAGGGGGGGUUUGAAUGAAGGACAGUCUCUCAAGACUUUCUCUGCUCAAUUUGUAAUUUUUUUUGUUUCUCCCAAGUUGUAUUUACUCUCGGAGAAAGUCCUUGAUCCCUUCCACUUUCAUUUGACGUGAUGGUUGGUUUGAAUUAAGACAUUUCUUGUUGUUCCUUUUUAUACGUCUUACACGACUACAGCCGUGUUCAAACGGUUAUUAGGAGACUAAUGGAUCCCCUCUGUGAAUGACAAUGUGAGGGCACAUUCCUUGCUCAGCGGUGACCUUCAAGUCCAAUACACUACAAGUGCACUCCGUACGACAUUUAUUAGAGUCAGAGUGUGUAACAGAUAUGUGUUUUGGCUGAGCCCUUUAUAGGACGAUUCUUUAUCUCUGCAGAAAGAAAAGGUUAUUUGCUUUCAGCUCUUAGCAGCGUUACAUAACUGCACACUUAAUUCCAAAUUGAAGCUGACGUGAAGACAUUAGGCAUGGAGAAUGUAGUUGAACCCUCACUGUUGCGACCGCUGUGGAUGUCUCAAUAAGUGCUUUAAAUCUUAGUGUAUGGUGAGGGCGGUAACUUGCACUGCCAAGAAGGAAAAUACCCCUCCCACUCACACACACCUACACACUUUUUAGUCCUUUGAAUGCCAACCAUCCUGGACCACAGUGUGUUUGUGAUGCAUCCUUAAAACCCCAUGAAACCCCUUCCCCCUCAUACCGAUGCCCAGAGACUGACCCGGGCUACUGUGGACUAAAACACCAAACACACACACACACACACACACAGUGCUGAUGGAAGGAUGGACAGACAGACAGACUGAUUGCUGCCGUGCUGCCAAACUGCUGGCUCCAGGCAGGAAAGCGGCCGUGAACCAGAGAAAGGGGUGGCUUUCGUUUUUUUGGGACGUGUCUGUCGGGACCAGAGGAGAACUGUAUGAAGGAAGGGGAGGACAAGAAGACCUUGUUGUUUCCCCCCCACUGUGUACAGAGCGCUGAGAGAGAUGUAGAAUAUCAAAAAGGAAGUGAGGUUGAAGAGGUACUCAGCCAUCGGCCCUCCAUCAUAGUGUUGCAUGAUCCUCUGCAAGUGGACCCGACAUCUUUGAUAUGAUCAUCUGUGUACAAGUGCAUAAUUUCGAUCGGCCAUUUUUUGGACUUUUACAGACACUAAUAUUGUGGAACAACAAUGCUCUCUUUGAAAAAAAACAACAACUAAAGAUAUGUCCGAUUUUAUGGUUCCAGGGUUGUACAGGAAUUCAUGGCUGCAUCUCAACGGGUUUACUUUUUCUGUGCCUCUUCACCUUUUGGAUAAGCCAAAGUAGACUGCAGUUGCUUAUUGUUCUUGUUGAAAUAGUUUUGAUUGAAUUUGACUACAGAUUGAUAUUUAAAGGGUCAGUGUGUAGGAUUUAGUACCCCUCCUUUUUCAAAGCGUGAAUUUGCGGAGGCCUUCGCGCCACCAAAUUCAAGCUGCCCCUUCAAAACAAAUGUUAAAUCCCUUUUUAGAGACAGUGUUUGGUUUGUCCGUUUUGGGCUACUGUAGAAACAUGGCGGUGCAAAAUGGCUAACUCCGCAUUGAGGACUUGAUCCUUAUCAAAUGAAAACACAAUUCCUACAAAAUAUUUAACAUUUCUGCCAAUAAAUCCCUCUUUAUCCUACACACUGGAUCUUUAAGUCUCAGAAAUCCGUCCACUUUGCUAAACUGAGCUGACGUCUACAACAUUUCUGCAUAUUUUGUAUGCAGCUAAAUUAUCCCUCAGGCGAAACAGCUUGAGCUGAUGGACUUCCUGUUUGCUUCCUGUUUGUAUAUCAGUAGAGAUCUGCUGGAACCAAAUUCUUAACCCCUUACUUUAUGAAAGGCCGGGUAAUGUACCAAAACUUUAACCAUUAUUUAAUUUGUCCAGACCCAAAAACCAAAAAUGUAUCUGUUGAUUUGAAGCAGCUCAGUGACAGAAUGUGCCCACUUUAUAUUUCUACAUCCCUUAAAGCAAAACAGCUAAAACAUUUUAGCUCCUUACACUGGUACUUGUCUUAAUAUAUUUCCCUUUUACAAUCAGGCAUUUUAUUUAAUGUAACAUGUUGCAAGAACUAAAAGGAUUAAGAAUUGCAGGUCUCAAGUUUGAUAGAAAAGUGCAUGCGUAAUGUACUGUAUGUGCAUUUUUUCAGUUCUUACACAUUUGUUUGCUAAUAACGUUUUCUGCUGUUUUAUUGCAUUAUUAUUUGUAUUAUUCUAUUAUCACCCCCAAGUUCAUUUUGCCCCAUUUUUGCUCGUCUGUUAAUGAUCUUUUAUGUUUGUUUUUAAAAUAUGUUAAGUAACUUAUUUCACUUGUACAAACGUGUUGAUAUUUAUUAUCAUUGUACAUA